AUGCGGUUUGGGGUCGAAAGCGAGGGAGACAAUGCGCCACCGACGGGAACCAGCGCGUUUUGGAAGAAACAAGACAUACAAAAACCUUGUCGUAAUGCAGCAAUAAUCCCAAGAAGGUUCCGUGCGCCAAGUUCAAGCAGCUCGUCGACAACUAGUGACGAUGAAGACUCGGCGGAAUCGGACUUGGCCGUGGCAAACAUCAGUCGCGGCGUCCGCGCUUUAACUUCGUCACUGACCACACUGCAGCUGAAUACGAAGUCGCGACAAGAAUUACUGAGACAAGUUGAGCGUGCAUGUGAGCGAAAAGCGGUGCAAUUGGUGACAGCUAGUCAAGCGUACCAGGCAUUGUGUGAGACAUUGCAGCGCGCGCGGCAGGAUGCAGAAAUUCAAUUGCAACAGUUGAAUGCCGGGUCGCUCAAUUUUGAGGACGAUGUGAAUGUGGUGAGGGAACAGCAACAGCUGGAGAGUGAGGCCGCGGCUAAACUUCAGCAAAUACGGGCGAUGGAAAGAGCGGCGUUGAAACAGUCGGAGUAUGAGCUGCGAGCUUAUCGGCAGGCGCAAGAGGGUGAGCGUAGAUGGGUAGCUGAGACACAGAAGCGUGAAGAUGCUGCAGCGCGUCGUGAAGUAGAAUUUCGCGAGAAGGCGUUGCUAGAGACAGAAAAGAAAAAGGAGGUUGCAGAAGCGCAGCGUAGAAAAAAGUGUGAGACCGAAGAAGCGCAAGCAAGAGAUAAAGCCCAGGCUGCUAAAAAAGCAGCAAAUUUGGAGGAAGAGCGUCAGAGGGAAGAGGCCGACAAAAGAAGUGCCGAGAAGGAAGCGAACGCUCGGGUGAAAAAAUAUGUUAAAGAAGGACACGAUCAGAUCAGACAUUUGGUGGAGCUUCAACGCCACACAACUAAAAUCCUUGACAGCACUGAUCCGUCGGUUAAGAAAAUUCGUGUGCAAAUUCGGCGCGAAGCUGGGGCGUGCAAUCAAAUUGCGGCUGCUCCUUCAGCAAUUAAAAACGUUGUCAGCAAAAUUCAGCAGCUUUUACAGAUGGCCAAGUCAUCAGGUGAUGCUUACUUUAAAUUUGCACUAGACAUGGUAGCCUCGAAUUUGUUCAAGCAGGUCGAAUGUCGUGCAGAUUACAAAUCUUGCUAUCCUAUUGCACACGUAAUAAAAAUGAGCUGUGUGCAAAAUCCGGAGUUAACAAACGUAAUGCUGGGCUACUUUUAUAAGGCAUGCGUGUUUACAAUUCCCGAUAACCCAGAGAAGCUUUCGUCACAAUCGGUCGCUGAGUAUAAAAUUUUUGUGGGCUUUCAGAAGGCAGUGGGCGAAAGCUCGGAUCCAGACGGUCUCGAGCACGUUACGGAGUACACAAGACGCAUGACAAUGAUAUCGGCUGUGCUGGCUGCUGUCCGUCAAACCACGCCGUGGGAUAGAAGCUCAUCUCCGCCAGGGCUCGAGCUUGGGGACUGUUGGUCAUGGUUAGCUCGGCUAGUAAACGAGCCUCCGCACCUCAUGACUGGUGCAUUGACUCUGACCAUUCUGGAAGUGGCAGGCUUUGAGUUGUUGCGGAACUACAAGAAGCAAUUUCACAAGCUGUUAGUUCUCAUUGCUCGCGACGUUUGUCCACGACUAAGCAAGAAUGCCAAGACUGGCGCAGCUAAUGCUGCUGGCCAACUCGAAAUGCUGGUAAACGAGUAUCAUGCUAAUCACUGCACGCUGAGCGAACCUGAUGGACGAAGAUUCGAGGAAACAAAGAUUUCGGAAGCUGAUGAAGAGCAGACGGAUCGGAUUGAGUAUGGAAAUGGUGGAGGCUACCAUGCCGAGCGCAGAGGCGGGCGAGGUCGUGGAAAUGGGCGACGACGUUAA